AUGGUUGUCCCCGUUUACUUCGACAUUGCGUACACGACUCCUUCGGGUCAGACCGAGAACUGGGGUCGUAUCAACUUCAACCUCUUCGACGAGACUGUCCCUAGAACCGCUGAGAACUUCCGUGCUCUCUGCACUGGUGAGAAGGGAUACGGUUACGCUGGAUCCAAGUUCCACCGUGUAAUCAGCAACUUCAUGGCCCAGGGUGGUGACUUCACCCGCGGUAACGGUACCGGUGGAAAGUCCAUCUACGGUGAGAAGUUCGCCGAUGAGAACUUCAUCAAGAAGCACGACCGCCCCUACCUUCUCUCCAUGGCCAACGCUGGACCCAACACCAACGGCUCCCAGUUCUUCAUCACCUUCGUCAAGACCCCCCAUCUUGACGGAAAGCACACCGUUUUCGGUGAGGUUGCCGACGACUCCUCCAAGGACAUUGUCCGCAAGAUGGAGUCCAAGUCUCUCGACAACUCUGGCCGUACCUCUGGUACCAUCAGCAUUGCUGCCUCUGGCCAGCACUAA